GAAGCAGCCUGGAGGAGGCUGACAACCUCCAGCAUCACCGGGGUUGGGCUGCAAGUUGGCAGCCGGAACUGAUUUACAUUGAGAGCAAGUACGAGUGCGCACCGGUGGUUGGUUGCAAGGGAAGUUGUGCGCACUUUUACGCGCGGCGAUGCGGUCGUCUCCAGGGAAGAUGUAAGCUAGUCCACGCGUGGUGGUAAAUAAAAAAAAACAAAAAACAAAGUGAGCUAAAAUGCGCGGCACUGAGCUGCUGCUCGCUUACUUCUUCAUCAAAGUCACAGCGGAAGGCGAACCACCGGAGGAUCUGCUGCUCCUGACCGGAUACAAUGACUCGGCGGAAGCCACGACGAUCGGCGUAACUGAAACCCCGCACACAGAGGACAAGUGCCGCGGUUACUACGACGUCAUGGGCCAGUGGGACCCGCCGUUCGUGUGCCGGACUGGCAACUACCUGUACUGCUGCGGCACCUGUGGGUUCCGUUUCUGCUGCGCGUUCAGAAGCUCGCGCCUGGACCAGACCACUUGUAAGAACUACGACACGCCGCCGUGGAUGAUGACGGGCAGGCCGCCUUCUAAAGUGGACGUGGCGACGGACUCGGCUAAGGACAAGACCAAUCUCAUCGUGUACGUCAUUUGCGGGCUGGUGGCCAUCAUGGCUCUGAUUGGCAUCUUCACCAAACUGGGGCUGGAGAAGACGCAGCGUCCGAACAGAGACAACAUGUCCAGGGCUUUGGCACAUGUGAUCCGACAUCCCGCUUCGGAUCAUACAGAUGAGAUGAGCCUGGGCCUCCAUUAUGAGAACAUACAAACCAGAGUGGCCAUCAACAGCCUAAAUAGCCCGCAGAUGAACAACACGACGCCGGCAUCGCCUCUGAUAACUGAACCGUACGCGGUCCUGGAACAAAUCAGCAGCCCUUAUGAGCCGCAGACAUCCAUCAAGGACCUCAACAAGUACGCCACGCUUAAAGCUGUCGCAGAAAAAGCCAACGACAGCUUCUACACCAACCGCCGGCAAGUGAUGGAGAUGGCAGCCAAAGGGAGCCUCCCGAUGGAACCUAUGGACACAGAACCGGAACCGUGCAAUCCCUACAGCCCUCUUAGACAGAUGUCUACCAAGCAGAGCGGACGUAAACACCCUAAGAACCCUAAGAGCCACAGCUCCCAGUCGCUGUCUUACACGUGCGCCGCUUUAGCCAGCCCUGCGGCCAUGUUGAGGCCGUGGGACAGCAACGACGCGCUGGGACUAAGGCACGGCUACGGUCCUAAGAAACUCUGCGUGGUGGAGAAGGAGCUUCACAACAGUCGUUACCUGCCUCCACAGCCCUACUUCGUGACCAAUAGCAAAACGGAGGUGACGGUAUGAGGGGGCAUUGGUGUCAAAUACCACGAUGGAGUGUCAUGGAGCAUGGAUCACCGUUCCUGCAGAACGGGAAUUAAAAUGUCCUUAAUCAUCUGCGUAUAAGAACGACAAUACCAAAACACAAAUUGCUAGCCAAAUCAUAUACACACCAAUCACUAUUUAUUUAUUUAUCAUUAAAAAACCCACAAAUAUCACUCAAAGAGCACAGACUUCAACCUACGCCAAACAAUCAUGGCGGAAUUGAUUAACUGAUGGUAUGAAUUCUGUUGAUUGAGCGAAAUUGUUGAUUAAUCGAUUGACGUUGAUGUUGAUGUUGAUGUUGAUUAGGGCGGCACGGUGGUCUAGUGGGGUAGCGCGCAGACCUCACAGCUAGGAGACCAGGGUUCAAUUCCACCUCUGUGUGGAGUUUGCAUGUUCUACCCCUGCAUCCGGGUACUCCCACAUUCCAAAAACAUGCUAGGUUAAUUGGUGACUCCAAAUUGUCCAUAGGUAUGAAUGUGAGUGUGAAUGGUUGUUUGUCUAUAUGUGCCCUGUGAUUGGCUGGUGUGCCCCGCCUGGGAUAGGCUCCAGCACUCCCCGCGACCAUCGUGAGGAAAAGCGGUAGAAAAUGAAUGAAUGAUGUUGAUUAAUCAAGACGGAAAAAUAUCCUUAAUAUGGCAUUGAAACAGGAGUUCAGAACGUUCAGAAUUUUCUCCAUAAAUGAUCAACGAUCAUCUCUAAUCAGUAUUAAUGUUCAAACUUCCUGCAAUCAUUCAACUGUUUGGCAAUGCAAAGUCAUGUUAGCAUGUUUUUUCCUUGUAAAUAUUUACAGUAUUUAUUCUUUUACACUGGGAAAAUAUUUAUCCUAUUACAGAUGAUGUAUGAGAGACUAAAAACGUCAUCGCUGAAUUUUGUGUACUUCGAUAACCUUAAUCAUAAGGGCAGAAAAAUGACACCGACUGUUAUGUUGAUGCUGUCACAACCUUACAAAAAUAUUGUGCUUUUACUGUUCAAAUAGUAAAUAAUUCACAAUCUAAGUAUGUUCCCUUUGUACAAGUAUUGCCUCGUCACUACUAUUGAAUGGUGUAAAUAGGAAUUAUUUAUUUUUAUUGGAUAAAAAUAUUGUCACAGGUCAAGGUCUGAAUAUUUGACCAUAUGCAUUAUAGAGUACCUUGAUUUGUGCUGUGCAAUUUGUGCAGUUGUUUUUAUUUUGUUUAUAUCACAUCAAAGUAUUUAAAAAAAUGAGUAAUUUAAAUGUGUAGCUUUUUAUGGUGAUAAACGAUGAUUUGAAACCUUUUAACAUGAAAAGCCUUAUAAUGAACCGUUCACGGAGAGUAGCUGACAAAGGACCAAAUAAGCUACAUUGUAAGUAUAUUCUCACUAGGGCUGCAACUAAUGAUUAAUCUGAAGCGUGUUGUUUUGAUUAAUCAAGUAAUUAGUCAAUGGACCGAAACAAUAUGAAGAAAACACAAACAGUUUGUAGUUUUGUCUGCAACAUAUCACUUGGAAUUCAUCUCUCAGUUUCGUUAUGACUCGCCCUUCCUGUGUCAUGGCUGAGACGCCCCGCCCCCUACCCGUGAUUGGUUGAAACCAGAUCAGAGCAAUACACCAACAGCCCCUAUAGCAGGUUUAUGAAGAAGAGGAACUAAGUUUCACUUUAGACACAGCUUGGACCUUGCUAGACCUUGGCUGGGUGGGCUGACCGUUCUCUCCAGUGCUGACAUUGCAAUUUAAUAUAGUAUUACUAUAUUACGAUAUUAUAGUAUUACUAUUACUAUAUUACUAAGUAUUACUAAAGAAUAUGGGUGGACUUGGCUUUGCUAAAGAGGGAGGUCCUACGGUGAAUACCUGAGAAGUGCAAAACAGUUACAAUUACACCGGAAGGGGAACGUACCAAAUCCUAGUGUUAUAGGAAGUGAUAGCAUUUGGACCAAUCAGAUUCGGGUAAUUGGGACAUUGUUUUUUCUGAAAUGCAAAACACUUUAACAAAAAGCACUUCCUAGAACUCUUGAGAUUCGGUACAGUACAGUCGUCUUCCGGGUGUUUUUUUGUGUUUUCCACUUUUCAGCCACUUUAAAUACCAAAAAUUGUCGAUUAAUUGAUUGUUGCAGCUCUAAUCCCAACUAAUUUAAUUUUUAAUUGUAACUCCCCCGGUUACUACUUCAUUCACUGCACCACUUUGUUCUGUAUGCUGUGUAAUACAGGUUUCUGUUUCAGUGUGUUCCUGCAGUAAAAUAUAAAGUGUCCUAAUAUUGUUCACAUUCAAAUGUUUUUUAAUAGCGCUUCAGACUCUCUUAAAUAUAUAUAUCAGUAUUUUCCACCGGCAUCCCAAGCUAAAAAGUACUUUUUAUGCUACACAUUGGCAAUGAUAUAUGAUAUUUUCGUCAAGAAUUGAUGUGCUCGUGUUGAGUUCUCACUGACAGACAUGCCAUAAACACAAGAAUGAAAGAUUAGAAGUCCUCAGGGAAGUCCCAGCACCAAGUUCAAGGGUAGACUGAGGGAAAAAGUCAACUUGUCUGGCUGUGUUUGUGGUUAUUUGUAUCGGUAGAUAGACAAAGACGCGCCCAACUGACAUGUCUGAAAAUAUCUAAAUAUAUUCUGAUAUUGUUUGUGUUGUUGUUGUUGUUUUACUGUCAGGCAGACAACACGAAGA